AUGGUGACCGUCCUGCACAACAUCAGCAGCGGGUCCAGCCCGGAGCCCGCGCUGAGCCGGGCGGGUCACACCGCCGCCGCCGUGGCUCUGGGCUUCAUCCUGGUCCUGGGCUUCGUGGGCAACUUCUUGGUUCUGCUCGUGUUCGCCCGCUUCCCGGCGCUGCGGACGCCCAUCAGCCUGCUGCUCAUCAACAUCAGCGUUAGCGACAUCCUCGUCUGCAUCUUCGGGACUCCGCUCAGCUUCGCCGCCAGCGUGCGCGGACGCUGGCUGACCGGACCGCACGGGUGUCGGUGGUACGGCUUCUCCAACGCCCUGUUCGGUAUCGUCUCUCUGGUGUCGCUCUCGCUGCUCUCCUUCGAGCGCUGCUCUGCGGUGCUCGGCCCUCCUCGGUCAGACUCGGUUCAGUUCGUGCGGGCUCGGCUCGCCAUCGCCGUCUCUUGGAUCUAUUCUCUGGCCUGGACGCUGCCGCCGCUGUUUGGAUGGAGCAGCUACGGUCCAGAGGGUCCCGGCACCACCUGCUCGGUCCAGUGGAACCAGCGCAGCGACUCGUCCCGCUCGUACAUCGGCUGCCUGUUCGUCUUCUGCCUGCUGCUGCCGCUGCUGCUCAUGCUCUUCUGCUACGGCACCAUCCUGCUGGCGGUCAGAGGCGUGAGCAGGCAGGUCGACCAGUCCGCCGCGGAGCGCAGGGAGGCUCGCGUGCUCCUGAUGGUGGUCUCCAUGGUGACGGGCUACGUGCUGUGCUGGGUGCCGUACGGCGUGGUCGCCAUGCUCUCCGCCUUCGGUCGGCCUCGCUCGCUGCCACCGGCCGCCAGCCUGGUGCCGUCUCUGCUGGCCAAGACCAGCACCGUCCUCAACCCGUUCAUCUACGUGCUGCUGAACGACCAGUUCUCCAGGUGCUUCCUCUACAUGGUCAGGUGCGGCCCUGAGGACCAGCCGGCGGGAGACCACCAGACGCUGGCCAGCAGUGGCGCCCUGCCCCCCGAGACUGAAAGAUCCCCGUCAGAACACACGUGGCCAAACGUGUUCCCGAGCCCAGACCAGCAGGGGGAGCCACCGCCCGCUCAGGAGGGCUCAUGAAGGGCUCACACACCGCGUCGUGUAGUCUUCAGGCUUCUCCUCAAAACCACAAGUGACAUGUUCGUGUUUGCCAAGUUAGUUUAGCUAAAGCCUUGCUCCGGUGCAUUGGGAAGCGUCUGAACAGGGAAGCAGCCCAGAGGUUCACUCGACCUCAGCGGCUGUCUUCCUGCAGCGCGUUCCACUUGGACUUCAUGUCUUGAGCUUUCAAAUCUAAACCAGGUCAGUCGAGGCCUGAAUAUUUCAGGUCGUUCAUCUGAAAUAUUGUAAAUGCAUUUUGUCAAAGACGACCGCCACAACAUCAGCAGUUACGUUCAGACAUGUUUAAUCUCACGAUGAACAUUUCAAAAUCCACAUUCAUGAUGAACAAUCACAGUCCAAAAUAAUUUAUUAAGAAAAUACAUCUGUAAAUAUGUACACUGGCGCGGCGUCCGGGGCAGGUUCACAGCUCCUCCAGUAGGUGGCGCCUUCACGUUAGCUGGGGUGCGGCGUCUCUGUCGCCUUCAAGCUCUGCACAGGAAGCAGUUUAAAAGGCUUCAAAACAAGCGGGAAAUAACGGUGUAUUUUGGCUUUUGCUCUGUCGCCCCUAGACGGGUGAAAUCUUCUGAAUGAUUGAUGAGUGAUUUCAGCUUCAUCUGCUGCAUAUUUCAUGAGCGUCACCAUUGUGGGUGGCACCCGGAGCACACGCACGCUCCCGGGACGUCCGGAGGGGGCGGGGCGUGCACGGACACCGGACGUCCAGCCCAGUGAAGGCGCUCAUCCGUGCCGUGUUUCCAUGGUGACCGAGGUGCACCAAAUCUGAAUCCGAAUCUUUAACCUCUGGAUUAAAACUCCCUUUCUGAAGCACUAGAUGGCGCUCUCAGGUUAAAAUACAUGACCUCAGCGUCACGCUGUCUCACCACAAGACACAUCUGAGGAUCAGCUUGGGUCAUGUGACCUUCCUGGACCUCUGACUCUGAAAUGUGAGCUGAGCUCUCUCACCUGUGUUUGGUUGAGUGACGGCGGCGGUGCUCGGGUGUAGUCGGGCGGGUUGGCGUGCGGGUCGUAGCCCAGUCGGGCCAGCAUGGGCGCGAUCUCCGCCAUGUCGGCCAGCACGUCCGCCGGGAUGUUCCCCACCCACUUGGACAGAGCCUCCGUGUUCACCGCCUUCAUCACCUGGUCGGUGGAGCGCUCCACUCUGCGCACACACACACAAGCACAUUUUUAGGUAUUGUGGGGAUCCACGCCCUUUCCCCAGCCUGCCACCCUGAACCUAACAGUCCGGAACACACGGUUAGUCCUAACCAGGACCAAAUUCAAACCACUGAAUUUCCCCUUUAAAGUCGCGACUCCGUCGCCUGCUGACUCAGCGAAUCAUUUUCAAAUCAGUUUCCUCACAGAUGUUUGAGAACUCAGUGACAAGAGGAUCUGAAACCAGCUGCCACUGGUGUUGAUGUCACAGGAAGCUGUGAAGAAGAGCUCUUCAUGUGGAGACUAGACGGAGAGAAGCGUCGCGUGGCAGCAUCACACUAGAGAGACACUGCUCACCUGCUGGAUCGGCGAGAACAUCCGCAAAUAUUCAUCACACUUGGAGACAAAAGUGAAAUAAACGCUCAUAAGAAUAUUGGGUCAAAGGAUGAAAACAAGAGCUGAAUUAAUUUCAAUUCAUGACAGAAGAAAAUUAUGUCAUCACCAACACAGAGAAAAGACAGACAGAAGCUUCGGAAACUGCCAGAAGUUGAAGCUUCAAUGAACCGAUUCAACUGACAUUGGAUGAUUUUGUCGCCAUGAAUGAAUUUAAAACAUCAAAUGAACUGGAUCCACUUUAUAAAUCAAGUCCUCUGCUGAUAAUAGCUGGCAAAAUAUACUUUAUAUACAAGAACUAAAGCGCUGAAAUCAAAGAGCAGAGUCCAACCACAGAGCAGAAGAAUGACACAAUGCCUGCAGCUCUGACUCGGUCUGACUCCGCGCGAGAGCCGCGACUCACUUGGACAGCGAGACUCCUCCAGCCUUCCCGAUCAGCUGCUCGUGGUGCAGCACCGACUCGUCCCACUUCAGCUCCAGGAAGUGCAGCAGCUUCCUCAUCUCCUGCUCCGGGUGCAGCACCAGCUGCUCGUAGCGCACGGCCCGGCAGCGGCUGGUGGCCUGGCACUGGCUGAACAUGGUCUCCACGGCGCCGCUCCACUUGCUCAGGCAGUCGCGGUAGCUGUUCAGGUCGAAGCCGGAGAUGGUGACCUGCGGGAGGGGGCGGAGCCUGUCGUCAGUGCCUGCUCCCCAGCGAGGCUUGCGAGGGCCGGACUCACCUUGCGGGAGAUGACAGAGUGGAUGGUGGCGCGUCCGUCGCGCAGCAUCAGGACGAACUUGGCUUUGGGGAAGAGGUGCGCCAGGUAGGUCAGCGACUUGAGCGCGAACGGGUCCUUGUUGCAGAGGCGAGGGGCCGGCUCGCCGUGACCCACGAUCACCUGACGCGGGCGACACCGGGACCACCGUUAGUGACAAGUCCAACACAGUCAUCACCCCGACGCCCCCUGCAGGUGAGGCCUCUGACUGACCACCGCAGCGCCGUUCACUUCACAUCUGGACCUGAGUUUAGCCACAGACCUCCGCUGACCCUCAGGGACAGGGACAAGAAUAUCCAGUCUCCAAUGACUCUAAUGUUCCGCGUAACCACAUGACAGGAUUCAUUGGGCGCUCAAGAGUAGAAUCUGAAAGCAGACCUCCUGGAUUUAGUUUUUGCCCAUUUCUAUUAUUCAUUGUGAGUUUGAUCUUGGAGUUUGACUGCACAGAUCAGAGUUUUAGAUUUACUUUCUUGCUCCUCAAAAUAAAUAUGGAGAAAAUAGAAAAAAAUCAUAUCACAUUUUAAUGUUUUGUUCAAACCUCUUGUAUGAGUUAUAUUUAAAUUUUAAAAAGUUAUCAUAUAAGCUUCACUUUUCCCAUUCUAACUUGUUAAAUAGCAUUGAUGAUCCAUGGACACUGACACAUAAGUGAUGAAUUUUACCCUGACGCACUAAUAUUGCUGAUGAUGUGACUGGUGUUGACGUGGCUUCUUAUUCACUGUUCACCACAGUGUGUCUCAUGGACUGUUGUGACUGAACUCUUGUGUUGAUAACAUCAUAUAUGUAUAGAUUUCCUGAAAAUAAAGAUUUUUUCCUCAAACUUUGCCUUCAUAAUAAUUGCUGGUAUUUAUAAUGCA